AAUAUUGUAACGGUGACAAUGUUAAACACAGUUCAUAUAUAGGACUAUUUUACAUGUGUCAGGAGUAGAUUGUUAAUGUACACACACAACAACUCCUUUAUUUGUAUUUGUGAAUGGUCUAGUUAACAUAACAUUUGUAGUAGUAAAAACUUGGGAAAAAUGAUAAGAUAAGAUGAUGAACUAAAUUAUUCACUGUACUACAUGUUUUAACCUGGAUUGUUUAUCUGAAAAUGGUGUUACACCACUGGAUAAUUGCAGACAAUGGCAAAUAAUCUUGAUUAAUGAUUAAUGUAACGAGGAAUUAUAACAAUGUCUAGGAUCUAGACGGAAUGUGGUGUACAUACAGAGUGCAGUGUAGUAUUCACAACACGUGUUAAAUCAAGGUAGAUUUUUGUGGGCGGAGAGAGAGAGAAAGUGUUUGUAUCUGUCCAAAACACGUGGAGAUAUGAAUGAACUGUUAUGAUGCAAGGUCGAAAACAUUAAAGAGUCACUCCUUCGGAUGAAGUAUCUAGUAAUAAUACUCCAGUCACUGAGGGUAUCAUGAUACUGUAUUGAGUAAUGUUAACUGUAAACUGGGGUUAAAGGAGUGUGAUCCUGUUUAUAUUUCAAGUACAGUAAACUUUUUGUUUGUUUUAGAACAUUUUUGAUACUGUAACUGUAUGAACGGCAGUGUUGAAUUGAGUGAUCAGGAAAUAUUAUUUCUAUUGAAAGAACUUAAGCUGUGGUAUUCUUUAGUGUAUCAGACACGCUUGCUUGAAUGUUUAAUUGGAAUGAAUUAGUAAAGAUUUGAAAAGUCUGAUCUAUAUCAUUCCCUGCUUAAAAGUUGCUUGGAGCAAUUUAUUGAUGAAUUUAAGAUUUUUUAACAGCUUGCCAUAUACCCUGUUAGACAUUGAUCAUUGAUCAGGGUCACUUAAAAGCUUGUAACAAAGCUCUUUGUGUGUAGUAUUUCCGUUUUAUUGUGUGGAAAUUAACCUAUUGCUUCAAGCAGGUAGAAAACAUUUGGCAGUAUCAGUUGACUAUGUUAGGAGAGCAAAAGAUAGUACUGACAUGGUCAGGCAUAAUUUACAAGUUAAUCAUUUAACACAGUGAUUUGGAGUUCAACAAAUUUAGAGGUGUGCCUGAGGGCAAAAGUGUUUGAAAUAAAGUUACAAGUUUAUGACAGUGAUUCGAAAUGCAUACUGAUCAUUCUAAGUCAAUUAACAAGUAUGUAUAAAAUUUGUAAAACAUUCUGUAAACAAAAUGUGACCGAUCAGGGGAUUUUUGUUUUAAAGGCCACGUUUUUCUUAGUGACAUAGCUAAGGAGUAAAUUAUACAGGAUAUUUUUGGCUGUGAUUGUUGGUUACGGCAUGUGGAUAUUAGUCAAACAGUGACAUAUUCAAAAUAUAAAUUGGAAAUUAAUAAUACGCAAAACAGGUAACAAAUUAACAUAGAUGUUUACAUAAAUAAAUAAUAGUUCAAAUGGCUUAACUUUUGAACAGGAGAUAUCAUUGAAUUGAAGUGCCAUGAUUAUCUAAAAAUUGAAGAUAAAUUUCAAAUGGUUUGAAUUAAUCAUUUUUUAGAACUAUUGAAAAAAAUUAAAGUAGGACCUGAAUUGAACUAUCAGCUUAAAAAUCUACAUGAUCAACCUGUACUUAAUGUUAAUGUGUUUUAUGGAACAGAAUGGUUCAUAAAUUGAAAUUGACUUUAUUGAAUAAUUACAUAAGAGACAUUUCAUGAAUAAAAAAGUUGUGUGAAUUUAAGUUUAAUUAGAUUUUUAUACUAGCACUGAAUUAAUAAUGCAGACAAUGUUGCCAGUUAAACGAGUUUCUGUGAGCGCGGCUGUAGAGAUUAUUCGGGAAGAGGUGCCUGCUCUAUCUCUGUCACCUGUUCAAAUUGACACACUUCCCACUUGUAAGAAAUGUCAACGAGAGCGAAAUCGUAAUCGAGAUUUCAAGCAAAACAAGAAAGGGAAACGUAAGCAAAAUCGUGCAAAUACUCCGAUUGUUAUACAGCUCAAAGAUACGUUAAAAGCAGCCAUACAGCAGAAACAAAAGAGUAAGAGGAAUUUGCUUCAAAAGCAAGAGUCUAGUGAGACCCGUGAUGAAGGGGAUAUUGAAACAGACAAUAGCUCUGAUCGAGGUGACACUUUAUCACAGAAAAAUAGACAAAGGAAAAAUGUGAAGAAUUUUAGUGCCUUUAUAGAAAAAUCAAACAAAAGAGAUACAGCUUUUAAUGUUCAAAGCAAUCUGAAUGAAGAUAACCCAUUUAAUGAAAAAUUGGUGGCAGAGUAUGUUUUAAACAAUGUCACCGAUUCUCAAAUGCUCAUUAAAACAUGCCACAAGAAAAGCAUUGUGGAAUGUGAAAAUGUUGACGUUAUUUGUAACGAUUUAAACAGCAACGAGUCACCCAUUGAGGACACAGAAGAAAGCGAAAUAUCCUCGACUACAUCAAGCUCAGAAAUCCAGUCUGAUUCGGACGUUUCAAAUCCACAAGACAGUCCCCCGAGUCAAGAGUUUACUCAAGAAGAACUCUUACAGUUAGCAGAGUAUACAACUGGUUGUCCUUUGGUUCGCUAUGAUUGCGCUCCUUCUAAUUGUCCACAAUGCAAGUGGUACAAAGAGCAUAUUAACAUAUCCCAAGGACAGAAAAACCAACAUGCUCAAGGCUCACACUCGGCUAGAUGCACAUCACAACCACACCACUCAAACAGCAAGAAUCGUCACAAUAAAUCCAAGAAGUUUGCUCAUCGUAACCAAAAUGUGCCUUCUCAGAAAUUGUCUGCAACAGUUAAAAUCAAUAACAUAUCAAACACUGAAAGUGACAUUGAUGAUGUCAAAUCAGAUUGUCCUUCAGAAACGUCCGUGGAUACGGACAAUGGACCACAAGAAAGCAACUCACCAGUGUCUAAACGUAGUUCGUUUAAUUGGUCAAGUCGUAGGGACUUUAAUUCUCAUAAACAAUUAUUAGAUAUAGAUAUAGCUGGUAAGCAGAAAAAGACAGUAUUUACACAGGGACACAAUGACAUUUAUCUAGACAGUGUAUAUGUUGAUUUGACUGACACUGAUGUCUCAUUUAGUGUUUACUAUCACCAUAGUCUUGCUGAGGAUGAAUCCAUGUAUUCCGGCAGCUAUGCUCGAUACACAUCCUCCAAUAUCACAGGGACCCAUCAUCAUGACUUUAUGCCAUAUUACAGUGUGCCAUAUUUUCAACAGUACAUGUACUGGUCAGGAUGUUAUUCUCCAAUGUAUAGUAUACCAAUGCCAUUCUAUCUACAACCAGAUGAAUCUCUACCAAAGACUGCCAUGGUUCCUCCAAAAGAGCUAGCUAAAUUUAAUGCCAGUGCCCCUCCACAAAGACAAUGGAUUCCACUGUCCAGGCCAGAACCUGGGCGACCUGCAGCAAUUUUCACUGUGAUGUGUUACAAUGUAUUGUGUGACAAGUACUGUACAAGACAACAGUAUGGGUACUGUCCAUCAUGGGGCCUCAACUGGGAGUACAGAAAGAAAGGAAUCAUGGAUGAGAUUCGAACAUGUGGAGCUGAUAUUAUUGGCCUUCAGGAAGUUGAGACUGACCAGUUUUACAACUUUUUCAAGCCGGAGUUAGAGCGAGAUGGCUAUCAGGGUAUAUUUUCUCCGAAAUCACGUGCCAGAACCAUGACAGAGCAGGAACGAAAACAUGUCGAUGGCUGUGCCAUUUUCUUCAGGACAUCAAAAUUUAGCCUUGUUAAAGAGCACCUUAUCGAGUUUAACCAGUUAGCGAUGGCAAACGCAGAAGGUUCUGACCAGAUGUUGAAUCGGGUCAUGACCAAAGAUAACAUUGGACUUGCAGCAUUACUUGAAACUCAUGAAGGAGUUUUCGACAGCAGUGGUGGUCUCCCUCCAGAGGGUAAGAUCAAGCAACCCCUGCUUGUAACGACGGCUCACAUGCACUGGGACCCAGAAUUCUCCGAUGUGAAACUGAUUCAGACGAUGAUGCUCAUGUCUGAACUGAAGAAGGUGGUAGAAGAGAGCUACCAGGUUAUACGUCCAGACAUUAAUGGACAAACUGUUGAUUGUAAUUCCAUACCUAUGAUACUAUGUGGUGAUCUCAACUCUCUACCGGAAUCAGGUGUAAUCGAGUAUUUGUCCACUGGUCGGGUUGCCAGCAAUCAUACAGAUUUUAGAGAAAUCGGCUACGAGGCGUGUCUUCAAGUGUUUAAUAAUCAUAAAGAAACUAGAGAACUCAUGCAUAAAUUCCGAUUAGCAAAGGCAUAUGAAGACAACAUCAUGAGACACACAAACUAUACAUUUGAUUUUAAGGGAAUCAUCGACUACAUUUUCUACUCUCGCCAUUACAUGAAUCUUCUUGGAGUUCUCGGACCGAUGGACGAAAACUGGUUUCAUGAAAAUAAAGUCGUCGGCUGUCCUCAUCCGCAUAUUCCAUCUGACCAUUUUUCAUUAUUUGUUGAGUUUGAGAUGCCUGUACCGUACCCAGAUAUCAGUACGAUAUUGAAUGACGAUACACCCGUCACAACAAGCAGCGGAAACAGUCUUGGUGCGAUCGGGUCAUCGCGGGACAAACAUCAUAGAUAGCACUGAUCUUUAUUACAAAAAAAACCUUCAUCCAUGCAUGUCGUGUUUCCUGUAAACAAUCACACAUUGUCUCAAAGCACCUGUUCAUGAGUAUUUGCUCAGAUCUCAGAAAGCUGUCCAGCUUAAGUCAUAUCAUGGUUGAAAUGUUGUAUUUUGUUAAUGUUUGAACCAGAUUAUUUUCAUUCAUUGUUCCAGAACAUAUAAUCAUUUAUAAAAUUUUCAAGAAAAGGAUUUUAUUUUUUUUCGCUAUCUCACCUUCAAAUUAAGGUCAAGUUUUAAUUGUUUGAAUUUUAAACCGUGGUAAAACAUUACAAAAAGUGCAUAUCCAAAGAAAUCAGCAAUUUCAUUUCCAUUGUUGGCAGUAUGAAAUGAAGAAAUCUAGAGGCUAAAUGAUUAUUCAUUGUUUUGUUUCUUCUGAUUGGUGAAUUUUGAAUUUGGUUCUUAGAAUCGACCAAUCAAAUGUCAGAGAUUGAGACUGAUUAAUUUUUUAUUUUUUUUCCCACAAGUUAAAAUACUUUGACUGUGAUAUUUUUUUCUCAGACAAGAUGUUUAGUAGAUGGGAAAUACUCAAUAUUUGAUGUCUAGGAAAUGGUAUCUAAUCUUUCGUUAAAUUUGCUUAAUCAUGUCUACUGAAUUUGUUUGGCUUUAGCGGAUCCUGCACCAGACAAAUCUAAUGAUACAUUGCAAUAUUGGAAAGGUUUCAGGACACUAAAUCCUAGGUUUACAUUACUGAUGGUAUAAGUUACGACCUAUGUUACAUUAAUCAGUUUAAGGGCAUGAACUACUCAAUGAAAUGCACACUAAGUACUGUGUUAUUUAUGUGAUUUUUUUUGUUUUUCUAGAAAAAUGAUUAAAGUACAUUCUUCAACCUUUUUACCAAAGGCGAAACAGUAUAAUAUUUAUUAGUUCAGUUUAGUUUUAUUUAAUAAGUAAAGGUUUGAUUAAAAAAGUUUGAAAGUUUUUUUUCCAUGGUUUUAAAAGUACUAACAGCAAAAAGGAGCAAAAUAUUUAAUAUAGAUUAAUAAGCCAGAGAAUAUUAAAUACAUAAAAUGUUUGACUGAAAUUUUUUCACAGAUUAAUCUUGGUUUUAAAUAAUACAUUUAAAAAAUAUUUUCUGUUAGAUUCUACUUAUUGGCUUAAAUUUCAACAAAAAGAAGUGAAUAAGAGAGUGAUGCGUCACAUUUCUAGAGAUAAUAAAUUGAUUAUUUUGAACUGAUGUUUCUGACAGAUAAAGGUUUCAGUCCACUAAAAAAGAGAAAAUUUAUGAUAUAAACUUGAUUCUAAUGAUUUAUUAAUAAAUGUGAGUGUAGACUACAAGUGUGAGAAAUAUGAAAGGUUUUCACCAUGUCAGAGCAGUGUGUGACAUAUUUAUUGAUGUUUCUUCACACUUUUUGCUGACAGAAACAACUUUUUUUCAUACUGUAUUUCAGACGAUUUUUUUUUUUCAUUUUAUGAUAAAUACAGAAGUAUUUUUUGUAAACAUUGACAUGGUAGUGUGAAUUUAUCAAUCUCAUAAAAUAAGGUGUGUCUUACAUGGUACAAUGCUGUUAUGAAUAAUACCUUUAUUGUUGAUUUGUUUAAUUUGACAAUUUGAUGAAAUAAAUGAUAUAACUACGGUACACCCAUAGAUAUGAUGUAACAAUUUUCAUAUGUGUGAACAAAAUCAUAAAAUAAAAUAAGAUACAAAAAAAAAAUCAUAACCUUGGAUUUUAUUAUCAUUUAAAAAAGCUGAACAGGAAAGUAAGUUUAGAGUACAAAAGAACAAAAAAGCCGUAAACAACCACCACCCACGCCAACCCCUCCCCACCCCAUUUUUUAUUGGCAAUGUAUAACAUUUUUGUGCUGGUUAUUGUUAAGUGACCCGAUCAUCAUCUUCAUACUCAUUUAACAAGUGCUUUUAAGCAUUUUCAAAAUUGUAUUAUAAAAUUUAGGGCACUUUUAUUAAUUCAUAAAAAAGUAAAAUGUUUGUGUUGAGACAAUGUGUGGAUGUAUAUUUGAAGAGAAAUAUUAUUUACAUUUUUUUUUGUAAGUUAGUUUUGGUCUAAAGGCAGUUAUGUUAUUUGUUUCCUAUCACCUCUAGUUAACACCAUAAUAUUGUAAUAUGCAGCUAAAAGCAGGUAAAUCAGGUAGAGGUUACACUAUCACAAUGUGUCUUAACCUGGGAUAAUACUAUUUGUGUUCACCUUUUCUCAUAAUCAUGGUACAGUCCAACAAAGGGAAGUUACUCUCAUGGCUUAAAGAAGUGAAAGCAGACGGCACAUUUUUUUUAUGCAGUUUUUUGAUAGUCAUCAUUUUACAUUCUUUUAUUGUUGCCAAUUCAUCUAUUUCAAUGGUAAUGUUGAUGAUUUAUGAAGUUUUUAGCUUUUUAAUUAUAUGCAAAUUGAAUUUAUUUAGAAGCAAAUUAUAAAUUAUUGUAUAGCAAGAAAUCUUGACAUCUUUGUAAUCUGGAAUGAGAUUUUGUGAUUGAUUUUAAAGAUUCUUUGAAAUUUUAUAAAUUGCUUUGUAGCUUUAAGUCAUGAGAUAGCCUUUUCCCUAGAAGAUUUUCAAAACAUGUGUAUACAUUAUUUCUGUUUCUCAUUUCACACAGCGAUUUUGAAAUACUCAAAUGGCAUUCAAAGUUGUUGUUUUUUCUUCUCAAAAAUGGAUAUGUGAACAAAAGAUCAAAUCAUUUAUUACGAAAACUAAAUGCCAGUUUUAAAUGAUCAUCUUUGAAUGUGUGAAGAUGUUUAUAAGAUCAUGACCCACAUUGGGUUGACUGCAAAACUGCUAUAAGUCCUUCCAUAUUUCAUAUAAGUUACUGCAGUUUUGUGGCCAACCCUCAAAUUUUGAUGACCUACAAAUGAAAUUUGUAUUGUACGAUGAUUGCCACAUCAACUAAAAAGAAAUGGCUAGCAUAUUGUAUCGACUAUAAUAGUCUUGUACAAAGAUGAUGACACUUUCGUAUAAAUCAUGAUUCAAUGUUAGAUUAUAUUCUCACUGCCCUGAUUAUUAUUUUCUUUUUUUCUAAUGUGAACAAAAACCAGGUUUUUCUGGGUUCACACUAUAAAGCCAGUGUAAUGUAACACAUAGUUUUUGUAUUCCAACAGGCAUAUAACAAUAAUGUGACAUUACAUGGUUUAAUGUGUAGAAAAGUCUGUCACUCUGUACAUGGGGAAAAUAAUGGAAUAAGUGGCAGGGAGUGGGGGGGGUAUUAAAUGAGAAAUUGAUUUAUUUGGUUAAUAUGAUAAAUAUUAUAUAAUGAAAGUGCUAUUUAGAUUCAUUAUGAGAAUAAGUCAAUUUUGUACAAAGUCUUGUGUAUUAAUUAACAACUGAAUUGUUUUUUCAAAUAGUCAAUUUUCAAAAUUGAAGAGCUGAUUUAUAAAGAAAUGAAAAACAACAAUGAGCAGAAUAGGCCUGUAUUUUUCUUUUGUCUCUUCGCUUGAAUCAAAAUUAAUCAAAUUUGUUAACUUCUGAAUGACCCCCAAUGUAACCAAAAUCCAUUUUCUAUUACUAUAAAAGUAAUUUAGUUUAAUUUUUUAAGAACUGCCAGUUUUUGAAUAAGGCAUUAUAAUACUCUUUUUGGUUGCUAAUUCAUCUAAAGUAAUAUGUGCUAAUGGCAUUCCAGUGUUUUGUUGACAUUUUAUACACUAACAUUAUGGUUAUUAUGCUAUAAAAAGACGUUGAUAAUAUUGUGUCAUAUUUCAGCAUGGUUUUAUUAGAAGUUAUAAAACAAUGGAUGUCUAAUUUUGCUCCUGUAACUGCUAAUUAUCUACACAAAUAAUUUCUAUAAUAUACCAUGAUUUACCAUUAUGAAUAAUUUCAUAUGAGGACAUUGGCUUUUAGGUCACACACAUGUUUGCCUGAGCUGCGAUGUGCCCCUAUUUCUAGAAUAUACUUGUUAAUUUAUAUUUUUCCUGGGUGUGUAUUAUUUAACUCUCUGUCUACAUUUUUUUAACAUUGGUAAUUAUCUUGUAAAAAUAAGUUUUUAAAAUUGUAAUUUUGAUAAGUUUGUGUCAGUUUUGUUUUUGUGCAGUAAAGAAACACAGUUAUAUUAACAAAUUUUAUUAAAUCAGGUUAGUGCACACAGAAAAGAAUAUCUUUAUGUAAAGAAAAGAUACCAAUAAAAUAUCUUUAUGUAAAGAAAAGAUACUGUAUAUAUAGGAAAGAUACCAAUAAGAAUAUCUUUAUGUAAAGGAAAGAUACCAAUAAGAAUAUCUUUAUGUAAAGAAAAGAUAAGGUAUGUAAUGGAAAUAUACCAAUAAGAAUAUCUUUAUGUAAAGAACAGAUGCUAGAAUAUCUUCAUGUAAAGGAAAGAUACCUAUAAUAAUCAGCCAAUAAGAACAAUUUUAUGUAAGACACAGAAGUAAGGUAAGAAUAUGUUCACGUAAAGAAAAGAUACCAAUACAAACAUUUUUAUGUAAAGAAAAACCACAAUGCAGAAUAUGUUUAUGUACAGAAAGGGAAACUGAAUAUUCUGAUCUAAUACUGUUGAUCUGACUGGGUGUAAAAGUUGAAGGUCUUGAAAUUGUUGAUCUGAGAAAUGGCUGUGUAUAUUGCCGUGUAUUAGUUUCAUGUUGAAUUACCUCUUGUUCUGUUGUGAUUAUUUUUUAACUGAAUUUAAUAGAAUUAAAUUUCUGUUGACAGAAAACUAAAACUUAUUACUGACACUUGGAAAUAAAAUAUAUAUCACAUGCAAUACACGUGUAUUUUACCAAGUUGUAAAUGCCCUGUUUAAGCAUUUAGCUUGUGUAUGUACUGGUAAAUGAAUUUCUUUUUUAAAGAUAUUUAAAUUUUAUUUGCAAAUUUGCUGUGUUUCUAUAUAUAGCGGAACUUGGUUAGAUUUUCUUUUUUUCACUGUGUACAUAAUUGUAUUUGUUUUUAAUUUGAUAUUUUUAUCACUAUUUGGCGUUUGUUUUUAUCUGUUGGGUUUAGUAAUAUUUAUGUAUGCUGUAGAGAUUUUUGAAAGAAAUUAUAAGAACUAUUUUAUUAACAUCAACUAAAAAAAACAGAGAAGAAAAAUGAAAAACUUUACUUUUGAAUUUUUUUUCCUGUAAAAUUUGCUCAAUAUUUAAUAUUUCAGGUUAAAUGUGACCAAUGAAUAAUCAAAGCACCUGAUUGGCCGAUUGUAAUGUUAUGUUUUAAAUUGACCAAUCAGCAUUAAGGCUGGGCUAUGUCUAAGAGUUUAAUACGAGAAAAAUGUAUCUUUACUCUUUGUUUUGCUCUAUGGUUUGUAGAUGGUGCUGUGGUUUUAUGUUUAACUUAGUUUCAUAUUGGGACUUCACUAUACGGAAUAUUUAUUCUUUUCUCAUGAGUGUUGCAAACAAAUUAAUUUGGUGCAUUUUAUUUUAACAAACUGAAUGUUACAGUAUUAUAUAAUAAAGAAAAGAUCUUAUUUACUCAGAGUUUAUCUGCCAUCAGCAUGCUUGCUUAUCAUUGUGUUUUAUUACUUUCACGAUUUUAGCAGUUUGCUUAAGUUCUUUAUCCUGCCAGUUUGCUUUAUUUGGAAUAUUAAACAAAAACUGCAUUAUUCAGCUUCUUUUCUAAAACAUGAUGUGGUAUUAAGCUGGCAUCAGCAACAAGGAGAUUAUCAUUUGUAUGUAUUACUCAUUAAAAUGCCUGCCUGAUUUAUUUACUCAUCUUUGUCAAUUUCUAUAAAUAAAGGCAUUGCAUUGAAAUUUGAAAUGUCAUAAGUUAAUUAUAGAGAAAGCCUCAGCUGUGGAAUCUACUAUGUUAAGGAUGUAGUCAUAAUUAUGUACAAUAAUGGAAGGAUAAAAUUCUUAUAAUUAAAAGGUAGAAGUUUUUUUUCUUCAUUUUAUUAUUCUAGUAGAUUCAUAAUAAAACUCUUCUAAUUGCAAUUUUUUUUUCAAAUUAAAAAAAAAAAAUAAUAAUAAUUAGUAGAAUUAAUAUCUGUAUAUGAUAUUUAACCUAUGAAAGAAUAUAUCUUGAAAAUAAACAAGUAUUUGUUACUAUGAUAAAUUUUGUCAAUUUUUUACAAGUUGUGCUAAAUAGAGAAAUGAAAAUGGAAUGACUAGUAAAUUUAGUUCUCCUUCAAAAUCAGCAUACUUUAUGAAAAAGCUGUCAUGGUUUUUUUGUAAGAAAAUAAUUUUUCUCCACAUUGGAUGAUUCUCUAGCACCGUUAAUGAUCUAGUUAGUUUCAGUGUAGUUAUGAAGAUAAUGCCAUGUUUCGGUGAGUUUCUAUAGCGACUUUCUUGUAUAUUCAAUGAAAUUAUAUUUCGUCAUGGUUACAUGUAGGAACUAGUUACAGGACUGUGACGUAAUUUUAGGUCAUUCCUGAUCUUUGUUCUAAAUGUUUAUGUACAUAAUUUCUGAUUUUUUUUUUGUCUUCGUAAUUAUGACGUGAGAAAUACAAAACAGAAAUUGAGGCUGAUAGAAAAUGGUUGCCUUGGUAACACUUUAAUGUGCUUAUUUUUACUUACAUUUAUAGAAAAUUGCAAGUAUGUCAUCUCACCUGUCUGAAGAGAAUACUUCACAGAACUUUUUUAUCUUAUAUUGUUAAAAAAGAAUAGACUUAUGAUUGUAAAAGAAAAAGAAUAUAUAAAAAUUUCAGAUGGUAAAGUUGUUAUAAAAAUAGUAUUUAUUCAUUUAAAUAUCUGAAUAAAUAAAGAAAAGAAGGGAGAACAGAGUUAAAAAGAUUCAAUCCAGGUACAUUGGAAUAUUAAUUAAAUGCUUAGUCCAGAAAUACCACAAUUAAGUUGGUAAAUUAUAUAGAGCUAAUAUGUUGUUUUUUUUUAAAAGUUAAAUUUUCAAAAGAACAAACUAGUUUUGACUUUGAUGUCUUGGGCAAAAAUAAAAACAUACCUCUAGACAUGUGAGGUGACAAACAUGCUGUAUUCCUGUACAUUGGAGCACCAGGUUGUUUGUUUUUAACUAAAUCAGGACAUUGUGGAAAACAUACAUUUAUUUGUAUGUCACCCAGGGAUUAUUUCAUGUGUAACUUACAAUUGACUUGUGUAAUAGGAGGGCAGACUCAUCGUUGUUCUUAGACGUAUCAUUGUGGGGUUUUUUUUUGUUCGAUUUUUUUUUUCUCAAAUCCUGUAGAUAUAACUUUGCUGUUUUUAAACAAAAAUCAUGUAAAGUGUUUUGUUUUUCCUUUUUUGUGUAGCAUAUUUCGUUCUCACCCCUUUGUUUUGAAUAGAAGCAAUUAAAACUGCAUGUCUAUAUUUUGUAUAAAUGAACAUUGUACAUUGAAUUGAUGUCCUGUUUGGGACUACAAUAAAAUAUUUGAUAUGAAUAA